CAGCAACACCGACAUUCACAGCGCCUUCCGCUUGUCGCCUGGACAUAUCAUAUCUACCCGACAAUCAACAGCCAUCCGAAAUGGCCUCCUCAUCCUCCUCCACGCCUCUGCUCUACGCAUGCAUAGCCCACAACACGACCGUCCUCUCCGAGCACACCGCAAGCGCCUCCUCGAACGCCUCCUCGUUCGUCUCCCUUGUCCUGCCAAAGCUCAAACAUGACUCCUCGGCGCACAAAACAAUCGACCAAUCCAAGUUCUUCAUUCACGUCGUCACCAAGUCGCCCGGAGACUUCCCCUCCAGCGGGCGCAGCGCAGGCGGCCUCACCUUCCUCGUAAUCGCCGAGCGCGACCUGGGACAACGCAUCCCGUUUGGCUUUCUGACCAACCUGGAGAAGAAAUUCUUCGCCUCGUUUCCAAGCGAGGAGACCGACUUCUCCGACUUGCCGCCCUACGGGUGCGCCAGCUUCAAUGUAGCGCUCAAGAAGUUGAUGGUCGAGCAGGGAGCGACGCAGGCUGGGCAGGCCGAUGCCUUGAGGACUGCGCAGCGCGAGAUUGAGGGCGUAAGGGAGAUUAUGACGGAGAACAUCGAGAGGGUGCUCGAGAGGGGCGAGCAUAUGAAUGUACUGGUCGACAAGACGAGCCGAUUGGGCGAUAACGCGCGGGACUUUAGGGUUAGGUCGAGGACGCUGAAGAGGAGGAUGUGGUGGAAGAAUGUCAAGUUGAUGGUGCUGUUGUGCCUCGUUGUCAUAUUUUUAAUUUAUCUGUUUGUUGGGUUUGGGUGCGGGCUUCCUGCUUGGGGGAGAUGCUUGCGCCACUGAGCGCUGAGCAGCGACGCUCAGGCUGCAGACACAGGCUGAUUGUGACGCUGCAUGGUUCCGGUUACGAUCGGAAGCGUAAUCAUAUAGGUUGAAUAUUCUUGAGCAAGCGAACAGCUUCGUUCAUUGAACGCAACAAGGCGUGGCGUCCGGAGUUUGAGCUACUAUUUCUGUCCCAGCUGCACACUUUUGCAAUGGUUUGCAAUCUUGUCAUCGCUUGGCCUUCAACAGUCAUUGCGAAACAGCAUGGUGUAGGAUCUUGUCAAUAGUGCUCGACAAGGCACAGCUUGACAGACUUCAAUAGGCAAACGCGAACGUUGAACAGUUUGCCUGCUUCACAAACCCUUUCAUACUGGUUUCUAAUCUAAAUACCCACUGGGCCGCGACGGCAAGUACGUUCAUGCUCCAUAUCUGCACUCAACAACCAUUCCUCAAAGGUCAG